CAAUCGCAACGGGGCGUGAUCAGAACCUUAAUUUGCCCACAGUCUCUAUAAGUACCGAGUCGCUGCCGGUUAUCCCGGGUGCUGCUAGUGGUAUGCGUUCCCGGAAAGCUGUGUAGCUUGUUUGCGGUUAUGCCUGAGCCGGCGAAAUCCGCUCCCGCGCCCAAAAAGGGCUCUAAGAAAGCCGUCGCCAAAGCCCAGAAAAAGGACGGCAAGAAGCGCAAGCGCAGCCGCAAGGAGAGCUAUUCCAUCUACGUGUACAAGGUGUUGAAACAGGUGCACCCGGACACCGGCAUCUCGUCCAAAGCCAUGGGCAUCAUGAACUCAUUUGUCAACGACAUUUUCGAGCGCAUCGCGGGCGAAGCGUCGCGCUUGGCGCAUUACAACAAGCGCUCGACCAUCACGUCCCGGGAGAUCCAGACGGCCGUGCGCCUGCUACUGCCCGGCGAGCUGGCCAAGCACGCCGUGUCCGAGGGCACCAAGGCGGUCACCAAGUACACCAGCUCCAAGUGAGUCCUUGUCGGGACUCGGCGCUCGCACGAGUUGCCUAGCUACUUGACGUUCUAAAGGUUCUUUUCAGAGCCACCCACCUUCUCAGUAGAAGCAGCUGUCAUUUUGUUUUACACAGGUUUUCUGCUGCCCAGCUUUUUGUGUUGGUUUUCAGUCAUUAAGUACAAAUAUCCUAUUCCUUUAGAUACAAUGAGGGAAUAAGUAUGCUUAUCUAGUUUUGUGGGAGAAUAUAAUAGGGUAUCGAUGGGCUGAGUUUUCUCAAAGAACUGCUGUUGAAACUGGCUUUUUCAAUGAUGUUGCUUUUUAUGAAUUUCAUCAUACAAGAUUAAAAAGUUUCAAUAUC